AUGGGAGAUAAGUGUAUGGGAGACAGGGUAUUGUGCGCCGGCUCUACACUCUGUACGCUCUUCUCGACUCUAUUUCCUCCGUUAACCUCAUUCUGUGUGUCGACUCAAAAAAGGUUGAGUCGAGUGAAGACCAAAAACAGAGCAAAGAGAGGAAUGGGAGGAAUGGGAGGAAUAGCUGUUCUCUACAAUCCAAACACAUCCAAAGAGGUGCCACUGUUGUUGACUGAGGAGUGCAGUCGUAUUGAGUGGUGUGUCUUAUGGGUGAUUGUGAUUACAGCUAUGGAUCUGCAUGCCACCACUUCUGUAUCAUCUGUAGGUCACGACUCAUACUCACAGCCAUUGCAGCCAUUAAUACAACCAUCAGUUGAGGCGUUGACACAACUGUCUCACGACUCUCUGGACACGAGUUGUUCCCUCUUUUACGGCCACUCAUCACUGGAAUCGCAAUCUUGUGGUGCGAGUGAAUCGGCGGUCGCUGUGAAUGGACUGCCGUUAGAGUCGUUUGAAUCGUCAGCUGAUUCUCUGUCAGACCAUAGUUUGGGUGCAAUAAGAGUACAAAAUGAAGAGUUGGUCGCCAACGACAUCACUGAGUGGUCACAAAUCAAUGUCAAUAGUAUUCAUUUGGUCGACACUAAUGCCAUGGAUUCACCAAAAAUGCAAGAUUUAAGUGAAGUUACCCGAAGACUGUCGAAGUCGAGUCAAUCGCUACCAAAAACAGACACCGAAAGCAACGAUCAGUGCAUUGAGAGUCAGAUCAAGGGAUCAGUGAAUGGAAGUGUUGGAAGCGGUGGCUCUGUGAGUAAUGGCAAUACCUCUGCCAAUGGUAUUAUUGGUGAUAACAGUCAUAUAAGCCAAACACCAAUCAGUGACUCUUCAGUGAUCUCAAGUGAACAACAAUUCUGGUCAACAAAUUGUGUGAUCAAUACAGACACCGAUGUCUCGCAGCAGUCAUUCAUUUCUGGCAAUACUUCGGCCAACGCUGUGAACGGUGGCCAUCAGUACGGGCCAUACAGUCCUAAUAUGAACAGUUCGUUCCCCACGGCUACCAGUGCUGUUGAGCCACCACUGUCUCAGUCGCAACAGUCGUCAGCCCAGAGACGGGCCAUCACAGGCGCCCACAACUUCUCCAACGCGCUCACGGCUACCCGACCCUCACCUCAGUCUCAAUCUUCUAGUCUCUUCAAAACCUACACCAGUGCUGGCAAUUGGACGGCUCAACCGCCACAGCCCUCAGCCACCUCUUGGUCCACAGCUGUCUCCCAGCCGUCGCCCAAUUCAGGCAACCCCUGGGGCUCUCUUAACAUGAGUUCCCAGAAACGGGCCGUCACUGCAGUGCCAAACGUGUCGCCCAUUUCGCCGAUGAAGAAGUCGCCGCCGGCUAUGAAUCAAACCACGCCAUCAAUGAUGAUCUCGCCCUCAAAGUACAGGCGCAGCUCAUCCAUGCCUUUGGCCAAACAGUUCGCCACCGGCCCUCCCAACACACCCUUCGACCUCCAAUCCAUCGCCAGCGACACCAACUCAUCCUCCAGUGAAUCCGCUAAUGUCCUGCCCUUUCAGGAAAGACAAAUGGCUGGUGGAAUGGGAUCGGCUACCAGUCCUUUAGAUACUCUUCGCUUUCCUCUCGAACAGCAACUCUUGGAAAUAAUCCGCACUUCUGGAGAUUCUCAGGACCAGUGCAAAGGUUUUGUAAACUAUAAUCACUCGGGUCUGCAGUCAAUGUCACAAAUUCAAGGCCCGUCAUUUACAUCUUUUGAUGACUUUUCUGGAAAUAAAAAAUACUUCAGAGGCAAAUCUCCAUUUUUUACGGGAGUUGACUCGGAUAAUCAUAUAUUAAUGGACUCUAACCAAGUUGCCGGUGACAGCGGUGAGCGCUUCUCAAGAAAAGUGUUUGUCGGAGGACUCCCUCCAGAUAUAGACGAAGAGGAGAUAACCGCCAGUUUCAGACGUUUUGGACCUCUUGUGGUGGACUGGCCUCAUAAGGCAGAAAGCAAAUCAUAUUUCCCACCAAAAGGCUAUGCAUUCUUGUUAUUUCAAGACGAGUCAUCAGUUCAGGCGCUAAUCGACGCCUGUAUUCAAGAGGACGAUAAGCUCUAUUUGUGUGUCUCCAGUCCUACCAUUAAAGACAAACCGGUACAAAUUCGACCCUGGCGACUCAGUGAUGCUGACUUUGUUUUGGACGCAUCCAUGCCACUCGACCCCCGCAAGACUGUGUUUGUUGGAGGAGUUCCUCGUCCUCUCAAAGCUGUUGAAUUGGCAAUGAUUAUGGAUCGUCUGUACGGCGGUGUAUGCUAUGCCGGCAUCGAUACUGACCCAGAGCUCAGAUAUCCGAAAGGGGCGGGUAGAGUGGCGUUCUCCAACCAACAGAGCUAUAUCGCUGCCAUCAGCGCCCGCUUUGUUCAGCUACAACACGGAGACAUCGAGAAACGGGUUGAAGUCAAACCAUAUGUUUUAGAUGAUCAGAUAUGCGAUGAAUGCCAGGGCGCGCGAUGUGGCGGCAAAUUUGCGCCAUUUUUCUGCGCGAAUGUCACAUGUCUUCAGUACUACUGCGAGCACUGUUGGGCUACAAUCCACUCAAGACCUGGUCGUGAGUUCCAUAAGCCUCUGGUUAAAGAGGGCGCCGACAGACCUCGAGCCGUACCAUUUCGCUGGUGUUAA